AUGAGCAGUGGUGGAAGAGUUGGUAAACCCAAAGAGGAGGAACAAGAUGGCAUGUCCGUCCACUCUCCUUGCAAACCCCCUUCCUCUGCUUCCUCUCUACCUAAGCAAUCACAGGUUGAAUUGGAGCUGAGAUUGUUGGAAGCUCUUGAGAUUUACCCUCCAAUGAGGCUACAAGGAGUACAUCGCCACUUUGUCCUUUAUGGUCUGAUGGAAUUUCUAAAGAGGAAGUUUGACAGAAACUUUUCUGCUGAGGAGGUUCUUCAAUUGUUGGAUCGAUUCUACAACGUAGAAAUGCUGAAAACAGAUGAUGAUGAGAUUGAUUUGCUUACUCACGAAGAAGAAUUUUGCUUGCCUCAGAGUUACUUUGUGAAGGAAGAACCUUGAACAACAACUUUUGGAGUAUACACAUUUUUUUCUUCAACCAUUGUUCAUCUUUAGAUAUGUACAGCUGAUUAUCUAUUCCUUUUCCUACUUCCCGUUUUUGGGAUAUUAUGUUCACGUAGACCCGUUAAGUGGAGCUUCUUAUCGCGUGUCUGUUAAGUUCCACCGGUAGUUCCGGGAACUCUGAUCCAGUUGGAUACCUUCUGUCAUAAUGUAUUUAGCUAGCUAGACUCAUUUGGAUAUAAUGCAUUUAGACUCGAGAACAUUAGAUCCACCGAGCAACCUUAAUCUGUUUAUUUUUUUCAAAUCCUCCUGCUAAAUCAUACCAAUGACAGAGAUAAGGAAAAUGUAGUGGAAAGUGUACAAGUUGAUUGAUUGAAUAAAUAGAUAGAAAAGUACUGUUGCAGAAAA